AUGUCCUACCCCGAUCCCGGCCGCAACCACAGCCACCGCCGAAGCCAGACCCAUCAGUCCAUACCGCUGCAGGACCUCAGCCGCCCGCCGGACCAAGACGACGCCCCCACGCCCGCGCCGCACCAGCACCGCCGCACCCUGAGCGACCGUGGGCGCAACCUGCUCAGGCAGACGGGCUCCCUAGCCACGGGCCAGUACCGGACGUCGCAGUAUGCGCCCAUCGCAGAAGUCUCGCCAAGCCCAACACGCCGUCCCCACCUAGACUUAGACACAAAUACAAACACAAACCCAAACCCAAACACAAACACAAACAUAAACACAAACACAAACACGGCAGCUGGCCAUGGCGGGAUACGCAGGGUGCACGACGACGGCAUCGACUCGCCCAUAGACGCAGGCGCCUUCCAGUCGGCCAUUGGCUUCGGCAUGGACAUGAGCUUCCAGGGCGACACCUCACCGCCGCUGUCGCCCAUACUGCCCACCCCAGGCUCGUCAGAUCACUCCUACCCCCCCUACCCCCCAUACAGCCAAGAUCCCUAUGCGCCACGCGCAACCUCCGAGGACCAUGGCUACUUCUCGCCCAUGGAAGACGACACUGCGCAUCUGACCGACUCCCGCCAUCUGCAGCCCAUCAGCGGCGCUGCAGUCAACAUCUCGCCGCCCUCCAUGGACCGCUCCAGCUUCCAGAGCGUGCAGUUCUUGAGUCCCGGACGCACGUCGCCACGCGCAACGUACAGCGGCGAUGUGGGAAACGCGGAAACUGCGACAGGUCUCAGUCCCUCGCCAAGCAGAAACCGCUCGCUCUCGCCCGGCCACUUGGGGUCGCCGCUGCAUCGCGCCGGAACCAUCGUGCGCAACAUGUCUCAGCGUGUCGUCAACGUCAGCAACGACUCAGAGGUAGCCGAGCGCCAUAUCCAGAGAAAAUCCACCCUGAAUCGGCCGCGUACCCAACGCCCACCCUCGUUGACCGUGUUACCUGAAUACAUGACGGAUGGCCCCUCUUCGCCUGGGCCCACAACCCCCAUUGAGAAACCGCAGACACCCACCGUACGCUCCCGCAGGUCAAGCGCCCAAUGGCAGAGGCCCUCCAAUCCCUUCCGCGGCAAGAGCCUGGGUAUCUUUCCCGCCGACAGCACGCUGCGGUUGAAGUUGAGCAACCUCCUCGUGAACCCAGUCACGGAACCCAUACUCCUUGUCCUCAUCGUCGUGCAAACCGUCCUCCUGGCGGUUGAUGCGAGGAACAAGGCGCAGUACGGGCCUGGUCAUGUCAAGGAACUGCAAAAAUUUCAACCCAUCGACUGGGUCCUUCUCGGCUUGUUCAUCGUCUACACAAUCGAAGUCAUCAUCCGAAUCAUCGUGUCUGGCUUCAUCAUCAACCCAGUCGAGUACAGUACCAUCAACAGACAGGUCGGCCUGCGAGAGGCCGUGCUCAGCAAAGCCAACCAACUCUUUGGCGGGCCUCAACGACAGCCGUCGCAAAGAAGAGGCGGUACCGACACCGAUUCAACCAUGGGCCCUCAACAGCCUUCUGUGCUGCGGACCUUCACAACUGCCCAGAUGCACCCUGACGUUGGACUGAGUGAUCCGCGCGAGCGACAACGUGUUCGCCUAGCGCACAGAGCCUAUUUGAGGCACUCCUUCAAUCGAACCGACUUUGUUGCUGUAGUCUCGUUUUGGAUCGCCCUACUCCUAGGUGCCCUUGACAUUGAAAACACCCGCGUGAUUCUGGUCUUCCAAAUGCUCAGCUGCUUACGUAUCAUUCGCCUCUUGAACCUUACGAGCGGUACUUCGGUCAUCUUGAGAAGUUUGAAAAAAGCGGCUCCCCUGCUCUUGAACGUAGCGUUCUUGAUCGGAUUCUUUUGGCUUCUAUUCUCCAUCGUCGGUGUGCAAAGCUUCAAGUCUAGUCUCCGAAGAAACUGCGUGUGGACCGAUCCCGACGGCGUAUUCGAGCCAUUCACCAACUCGGACCAAUUCUGCGGCGGCCAUUUGGUAAGGAACGGCUCAGGAGUGCUCGUCCACGAGGGCUACGAGCUUGCCUCGGGGCAGCGGUCUCCCGGUCCUGAACACGGCAAGGGCUUCUUGUGUCCCGUGAACUCCCGUUGCGUUGAGGCCGACAACCCCUACAACGGCACCCAGAGCUUUGACAAUAUUCUACAGUCCCUGGAGCUGGUUUUCGUCAUCAUGUCGUCCAACACUUGGUCCGAUCUGCUCUACACCGUGUCAGAUACCGACUACCUUAUCAGCGCGCUCUUCUUCAUUGUGGGAAUCCUAGUCCUCAGUCUAUGGCUUGUAUCGCUCUUGAUCGCCGUCAUCACUUCCACAUUCCAAAUCAUCCGCGAGGAGAGCAAAACCAGCGCUUUCACAGGCGAGCAGAUUGUCGAAGAAGACAAUGAGAAAGAAGAAGCGAACCAGCGCGUCAGCAGCCUCAAGCGCAUGUACGACAAGACAUCCGGAGUAUGGGUCGUGGUCAUCGCUUUUGGUCUGGUCGCCCAGAUGAUGAAAAGCGCCGGCAUGAGCAACUCCCGGCGGAACUUUAUCGAUGUGACCGAGAUCGUCACUACCUUUGUACUGCUCGUUGAGAUUAUUGUCCGGUUUAUUGUGGACUGGAGACACUUCUUCAGAAGCAAGCGCAACCUCACCGACCUGGCUAUUGCCAUCAUCACCACCGUCAUCCAGAUACCGGUGAUCAAACACGCACACGGUGGAAGGGCCUAUGCUUGGCUGAGUAUCUUUCAGAUCAUGCGGGUCUACCGUAUUGUACUGGCUGUUCCUGUGACUCGGGAUCUCAUCAUGGUCGUCUUCGGCAACGUCGGCGGUCUGCUCAACCUGAUCCUAUUCGUAUUCCUCCUCACGUUCCUUGCAUCCAUCUUUGCUUCUCAGCUCUUUCGUGGCGAGAUACCUGAAGAAGCUGAUGGCGCUACGAUCCGCGUAUCCUUCAAUGACAUCUUCAACUCCUUCAUUGGCAUGUAUAUCAUCUUCUCCAGUGAAAACUGGACUGAUAUCUUGUACACCGUCACUAACUACCAGCGGGCUUUUGGUACCGCUUGGAUUGGAGCUUCGUUCUGUAUCCUUUGGUUCAUAUUUGCCAAUCUCAUCGUCCUGAAUAUGUUCAUUGCUGUCAUCCAAGAAAACUUUGACGUAUCGGAAGACGAGAAACGUUUGCAACAGGUCAAGGCUUUCCUGCAACAAAAAGAGCAGGGGCUCAGCUCCGCCUAUGGUAAUUUGUCUCUGUCGUCAAUCUUCAAGCUUGGUCAUGCGAACCGGAGGGAUCCGCUGGAUUACGGCUCUGCCGCAGCCGAGAUGUUGCUCAAGGACGCCGUUGUUCGCGACUUCCUGGACGAAGGGGAUGAAGAUGCUGCACCCCACAAUGAAGAGCCUCGACCCGGCAUUCGCCCUGCAAAGACAGUCGUUGGCUCGGGUACCAUGUCCACCAUAUGGCAGAGAAUCCUGCGCAGAACCGUUCACAGAGAGCCAAAUCCUUUCUAUGCCCCACUCGAUUAUGGCCGGGCAUACGAGGACCUCGACCCCAGAAAGAUGGCGAAAGAAGUAGUGUCUGCUACAGAAAGACGGAAGAAGGCACAGCGAGAGUAUCUGCGGAACCACCCCAACUACAACGUUUCCUUGUUCCUGUUUAGACCUAGCAACCCCAUCCGCAGGCUCUGUCAGCGUGUAGUGGGACCCGGUCGCGGCGGUGAUCGCAUCGAGGGAUUAGCUCCAUCGGUUCCAAUUUGGUACGCAUUCUCGGCCUUUGUUUACGCUGCCAUCAUCGCCAUGGUGCUUUUGGCCUGUGUCACUACGCCUCUUUAUCAGCGAGAAUACUUCAUGAAGCAUGAAUUCAGCGUCAGGAAUUGGUUUGUUUGGACUGACAUGGGCUUUGCUGUCCUGUUUACAUUCGAAGCGCUCGUCAAAGUUAUCGCUGAUGGAUUCUUUUGGACGCCAAACGCCUACUUUCGUGGCUCAUGGGGUUUCAUUGACGGCGUUGUGUUGGUUACUUUGUGGGUCAACGUCGCCACGUCCCUUCUGAACGAAGGGCAAGUUACAAGGACCGUUGGCGCCUUCAAAGCCCUCAGAGCCCUUCGACUACUCAACGUCAGUGACAGUACUCGCGAUCACUUUCACUCGCUCAUAGUUCGGGGAUGGUGGAAACUGUUUUCGGCCGCCUUUGUGUCUCUGAGCUUGUUGAUCCCGUUCGCUAUAUACGGACUGAACAUCUUCGUCGGACAAUUCCAGGCCUGCAACGACGACGAUUUCGGCUCUACCAAUCUCAAAGAUUGUGUUGGGGAGUACAACAGCUCACCCUUUGACUGGGACGUUCUGGCGCCACGCCUAGCUGCCAACCCUUACUAUGAUUUUGACAACUUUGGAGACUCGCUCUUCAUUCUCUUUCAGAUUGUUUCACAGGAAGGCUGGACAGAUUUGUUGUUUUCAAGCAUGGCCAUUACUGGUGUUAACACUCAACCCGAAGACUUCAGCCGCAGAGGCAACGGCGUGUUCUUCAUUGUUUUCAACUUGCUCGGUGCCGUCUUCGUCCUGACGCUUUUCAUCUCCGUCUUCAUGCGCAACUAUACCGAACAGACCGGAGUAGCGUUCCUCACAACCGAUCAACGUUCUUGGCUCGAAUUGCGCAAGUUGCUUCGACAAGUAUCGCCAUCGAAGCGCCCUUCGUCUACAAGACAGCGUGAAUCUUGGGAAGAGUGGUGCUAUCAUCGAGCUGUGCGCAAGACGGGCAAAUGGCAACGCUUCAUCACUGGAGUGCUCAUUCUGCAUCUGAUCCUACUUUGCUUAGAAUGGUAUCCAGGUUAUGGAGGGUGGGACCUGGCCAGAGAUUAUAUUUUUCUCGCUUUGACAUGCGUCUUCAUUGCAAACAUUGUAAUUCGUAUCCUUGGCCUUACGUGGCACCGAUUUCGCAGGAGUUCCUGGGACGUCUUCUCGCUCUUUGCCGUCUCUGGCACGUUUGCUACGUCCAUCCUCAUUCUUGCGCGACGAGACGAGAGAGUGUUUGUUCAACUGCAUAAGCUGUGCCUUGUAUCGAUCGCUCUCAUGCUGAUUCCUCGAAACAAUCAGCUCGACCAACUCUUCAAAACCGCAGCGGCGAGUUUGGCGGCUAUUGCAAAUUUGCUCGCCACAUGGUUUGUGUUGUUCCUCGUCUAUUCUAUCGCGCUCACACAGACCUUUGGUCUCACUCGAUUCGGUGCCAACGAAACCGCCAACCAAAACUUCCGCACGGUACCCAAAGCGCUCAUCUUCUUGUUCUCAAUGAGCAUGGGCGAGGGUUGGAACGAGUUCAUGGAAGAUUACGCCAAUGUCGAUAAACCCUACUGUACAGAAGGAGAAAGAUACUUCGAGAGCGAUUGUGGCAGUCCUGAAUGGGCGCGAGCGCUGUUUAUCAGCUGGAACAUUCUCAGCAUGUACAUUUUCGUCAAUCUGUUCGUCUCGUUGAUCUACGAAAGUUUCAGUUACGUUUACCAGCGGAGCAGUGGGUUGUCGGUCAUCAGCCGAGAAGAAGUCCGGCGAUUCAAGCAGGCUUGGGCUGAGUUCGAUCCUAACGGGACAGGCUAUAUCUCACGAGAUGUCUUCCCGAGACUUCUGGGCGAACUCUCUGGGAUCUUUGAGAUGCGAAUUUACGACGGCGACUUCACAAUUGGUCGGUUGAUUGAGGAGUGCGCCACGACAUCGCGCCGCGCGUCGAACCUCAACCUCGGAGGCCGUGAACCUUCGCCAGAGAUUGAUCUUGACAAGCUCAAUCGCCGUCUUGCGCAACUUCCAGUCCUGGAAAUCCGUCGCAGAAGGGCACGCAUGAAUACCUUCUACGAAGAGGUACUCGUGUCGAGUGACCCAGACCGAGGCAUUCAGUUCACCUCGCUGCUCAUGAUUCUUGCUCACCACAAGGUCAUUAACGACAACAAGAGCUUGAGGCUCGAGGAGUUUCUACGGCGCAGAGCUCGCCUGCAGCGUGUGGAAGAAGCUGUGCGGCGCAACGUCGUUGUUGGCUUUUUUGACACCUUGUAUUGGGCUCGUCGUUUCCGACGCGCGAUGGAGCAGAAGAAGCAAGGCCGCAUGGCGACGAUGCCAACGUUCAACGUGCCCGAGAUCUUCAUCGACGAUGAAGACAUCACAGACGCGCAGCGCGGACAACAAUCACCAAGCGGAAGUCCACUCUUCUCACCCACCGAUCUGCAUUCUGGGGAUCGACUUUCGGGCGGCAGUCUCCGCUCGAUACCAAGUCUAGACACGACGAUGCGCAGCCGAUCGAACUCGAUCCAGAUGUCACCCACGGGCUCGCCCACUCGAGGAGGACCGCUCUCGCCGUCGUCACCACGAGCAUCGCCAUUAUCGCCACCUGCCGAUGCUGACUGGCACUUUGCAUCGGCUCUUACUCUCAGCCGACCGCCUAGCCCGCUCGAAGAGCAACUUGCACCGACAGAUACCCGUAACAGAGCAAAUAGCGCGGUCAGUGCAGCCGACGUUCUGGAAGUUCUGGACAGCUCUGCUUGGGGCGAGAGUAUCCGCAGAAGUUUCACGCAGCGACGACCUGGACACUAA